CGUGGUCCGUCGUAUGCGCGACAUUGAUAGUACUCCAUACCAUUCACUUCCUUCCACCAAUCCAUCACCAAGUCUCCGCCUUCCAUAUCUCUUAUCCGAACCCCAAACCACAGUUUUUAAGGCCGCGCUGCCGGAAAGGACUCAACUAGUACUAAUUCAUUCAUAAAAAAAAUGGCAGAGCAACCGCAACAGCUGGUGUUCAUCCCAUUCCCUAGCGUUGGCCACCUCGUGUCCAUGGUGGAGCUCGCCAAGCUUCUUGUCCACCGCCACACCACCCUCGUCGUCUCCAUCCCCGUCAUCACCUCCCUCUCCACCGCCGCCGCCGUCACCCGCUACACCGACUCACUCGCUGCCCCCGACUCCGAUUUGAACCCCCGUGUCAAGCUACUCCACCUCGCUAACGACGACGACGACCCAUCAGCUCCAGCCGGCAGCGUUCUCGCUCUCAUCCAAUCUCAAAAGCCCCGAGUCACAGAAGCCGUCUCCGCCGAGCUCACUCGUUCCGGGGGUCGACUCGCCGGCUUCGUCCACGACAUGUUCUGCACCUCCAUGUUGGACGUGGCGGAGGGAUUCGGCGUCCCUUCUUACAUCUACUUCACCUCCGGCGCCGCUUUCCUCGGCUUUAUUCUCCGUGCCCAGGAGUUGCACGACCAGGAAGGAGUUGACCUCACCGAGUCCAAGGAAUUGGCUGAGUUGGCCAUCCCGACUUUGAAACACCAUCUUCCACGUAAGGUCAUCCCUUCCAGCUUUCUCAACAAGGAAUGGGCGUCUGUGGUACACACGAUGGCAAGAGAUUUUAGGAAGACCAAGGGUAUUCUUGUCAACACCGUGAAGGAGCUGGAGUCAUACGCCGUCGACUCUCUCUCGUCGGGAAAAAACAACACCCCCAAGGUGUAUCCGUUGGGACCCAUUCUGAAUCUGAAGGCCGAGGAGAAUUCGGAUGGGUCGAUACUUCAGUGGUUGGACCAACAACCCGAAUACUCGGUCGUGUUCCUCUGCUUCGGGAGCAUGGGAGCCUUCAACGCGGAGCAGGUGAAAGAGAUCGCAUGCGCGCUGGAGGGAAGCGGGCAUAGAUUCCUGUGGUCUCUGCGCCGACCAGUACAAGGAGCGUGGGCCAGCCCAACGGAGUACGAGAAUGUUAGUGAAGUUCUGCCGGAGGGAUUCCUUGAUCGGAUUCGAGAGGUGGGAAGGGUGACGGGAUGGGCCCCACAGGCGGCCGUCCUAGCUCACAGAUCCGUUGGAGGGUUCGUAUCUCACUGUGGCUGGAACUCCACACUGGAGAGCCUGUGGUUUGGGGUACCCAUGGCCACGUGGCCAAUGUAUGCAGAACAACAAUUCAACGCCUUCCUGCUGGUGGAGGAGCUUCGGGUAGCCACGGAGGUUAGGAUGGAUUAUCGGACUGAGAGUGGGGAGAUCGUGUCGGCGGAGGAAAUCGAGAGAGGAAUCAGGAGCUUGAUGGAGGAGGAUUGCUCGAGGAAGACGAGAAUGAAGGAAUUUAGUGAUCAGGCCAAGGGUGCAUUGAUGGAUGGCGGAUCGUCUUCUUGUUCAAUCACUGAAUUUUUUAGAGACGUGAUGAGUGCUGGCGAUGUAUGAUUUUUUACUAGAAUAAAUAUUGUUCAAAGCUCUAUUCCAUUGUAGAUAUCUCAUUAAUAAUCAAAUGAAAGUCUAUGACAACGAAGUUACAAACAAUAAUAAUGAAUCAAUAUAGUGUGU